CACACCAACCAUCCCCACCCAUUCGCAUCUCCUCUGCUUCUCUCCUCCUCCAAACCAUCCCUACAAAGGAGCCACGCGACGCAUAGCUCGCCCCGUUUCUGCUCUUGCACGCCUAUUAUAGCGCUGACAUGUAGUGGUGUCGUCGCGCGCGAGCUGCGAACCCUCCUGAAUUCUCUCUCUCUCUCUCUCGCGCGCGCGCUCGCGCUGCUCCUCCCGUUUCCUGGACCGCGUCGUCGUCGUCGCGACAAGCUCGUAACGGUGUCCGGUAAUGGGGAACCCGCCGGAGCUGUACUACGAGAUCCUCAACAUCUCCAGGGACACGCCGCCCAAGGAAAUCAGGGCGGCGUACAAGACGCUGGUGCGGCAAUGGCACCCCGACAAGCACCCGCCGUCGUCCAAGAACGAGGCCGAGGCCCGCUUCAAGGCCAUCACCGAGGCCUACGAGGCGCUCCUGGACCAGCAGGAGAACAGGGCGGUGUUCGGGGCGCGGAGCAACGUCGCCGACGGGAAGAGAGACAAGACGGCCGAGAGGGCGGCCGCUGCUGCCGAUGCCGGCGGCGGCGGCGGCGCCGCCACCACCACCACCACCACCGGCGGGCGUGCGGCGGCAAUGCCGCGGGCACAUAGCGAGAAGAAGGCCUCACCGGCGCCCUGCACACCGGUGAGGGAGUUCAAGAAGCCGGUGUACAGCUCCACGGACCUCGGCGGGGGCGGCGGCUGCGGGCGGCGCGCCUUCGCCGAGUUCUCGAGCUACGUGGUGCGCAAGGCGCCGGCGCUGGAACGCAAGGUGGAGUGCACCCUCGAGGAGCUCUGCACCGGGUGCAAGAAGGAGGUGAAGUACACCCGCGACGUCGUCACCAAGACCGGGCUGAUUUCCAAGAAGGAGGAGACGAAGACGAUCAGGGUGAGGCCCGGGUGGAAGAAGGGGAUGAAGGUGACGUUCGAGGGCAUGGGCGACGAGCGGCCGGGCUGCCUGCCGGGCGACGCCGUGUUCACCAUCUCCGAGAGGAAGCACAAGGUGUUCAAGAGGAAAGGCAACGACCUGGUGCUCAAGGCCGAGGUGCCGCUGGCGAGCGCGCUCACCGGCUGGUCCUUCUCCUUCCGCCUCAUCGGCGGCGAGAAGAUGAGCUACUCCUUCCGCGACGAGGUCAUCUUCCCGGGCUACGAGAAGGUCGUCGCGGGUGAGGGCAUGCCCGUCGCCGGCGGCGAGAGGGGCGCGCGCGGCGACCUCCGGGUCAAGUUCGACGUCGUCUUCCCCAAGAACCUCACCGACGAGCAGCGCGCCGGCCUCGCCAGCAUCCUCAGGGCCUGUCCCUGAAAAUCGCACGUACAUUUCCAACGCUUUUUGGUGUAGAAAAUUUUGGUUGCAUUUUGGUGUUGAUACACUCGCUCGCGAGGUCGGAUCGAUCGACCAGAAGAUGGAGAGUACAUAAAGAUCGGUCGCUGUUGCUGUACAUAGAAGGGGUUUUUUUUUUUUGAGCUUUGAGUACGAGACUUGAGCGACCGUUUUGACUCAUACGUAUAUAAAUACGGGAUGGAUGAUUGCUGCCAGGAACAAGCUCUUCGCGCAAUUAUGUGUACGUUUUUGGCGCCUUGCUUUCUUUCACAUCGCUUCAUUCAUUUCGUUUCGUUUUGAUGCGGAGCUGCACAGCAGCAACCUGCGGUCGUGCCAAAAAAGAUGUU